UAUAAUCACAUUGUUCGAUGAACAUUCUUCAGUGACGGUUGCACUUGCUUCUAAAUACGGGUUAAUAAAGUAAAUAAUAAACGCCAAAAUGGGUUUGACAAUAUAUUGUAUUUUAAUGUUGUGCUUUGCGAGCGUCUUACCGAAGUCUAUUAAUAUUUCCAAUAGUGGCGCGAAUGAGACACAACCCUUCAUAGAGAUCGGUAGUAAAAAUUAUCUAAUAAAUACUGCUACUACGAUGAAUUGGUUCGAUGCGGUGCUUUAUUGUCGCAACUAUGAUAGUGAUUUAACCGUAAUCGAGUCGGAAGCCGAGACGUAUGCAUUGAGUUUCUAUUUAACCACGAAUGGUCACAGUGGAAAACAUUUUUGGCUUGGUGCCACCGAUUUAGCCAAGGAGGGUAAAUUUAUGUCACUCAAAGACGGACGUCCAAUGCUCUAUGCUAAAUGGUCAGGCGGUCAACCAGACAAUGCUGGUCAAAAUGAGAAUUGUGUACAUCUUUGGCCAGUGCAUGAUAUAUUCUACAUGAAUGAUAACAAUUGCAUGGCUAAGCUUUAUGCCAUCUGUGAGUUGCGACAACCGAAGAAGACUUGUGACGUGUGUGAUUUAAAAAAUUUAAUGGAAAGAUUCAUGCAACAUACAAGUGUUCAAAGUUGUCGAAGCUAGUCAGGAAGAAGUACCAGUUUUAUUAAUAAAAUCGUUGUUUCAUAAUGA